GUACAGCACUUGGGAGCCCGAGGAGAACAUCCUGGAUGCUCGUCUGCUCGCAGCCUUCGAGGAGAGGGAGCGAGAAAUGGAGCUUUACGGGCCCAAAAAGAGAGGCCCCAAGCCCAAAACCUUCCUGCUCAAGGCCCAGGCAAAAGCCAAAGCCAAAACCUAUGAAUUCCGCAGUGACUCUUCCAGGGGGAUCCGUGUGCCGUAUCCUGGCAGGUCCCCCCAGGAACUGGGCUCCACAUCCCGGGCUAGGGAAGGACUGAGAAACAUAGCCCUGGCCCCCCAGGGCAGCUCCAGCACCAGCACCCCCAAGGCAGACGGCAUCCGGGACCGGGUGAUCCGCGUGGAGGAG